AGUAAUGAAUGAUUAUAGAGAUGUAUCUGAUGAGUGUAAUUAAUUUAUUGAUCUCCCUGUAGACCUUUCAUAACAGAAGCCCUGUAAUGUGGGGUUCUAUUACUUGGACUAUUGCAUAUCAGAGUGCCCAGGGAUGGGAAACAAGGUGGUCACGUUCACUGAGGAACAGUUUGAAGACUAUCAGGACUGCACUUUCUUCACAAGGAAGGAAAUUCUCAGGGUACACAAGAGGUUCCGAGAAGUGAGUCCUGACCUUGUUCCAAAGAGUAUGACAGGAAACGAACCAGUGACUGUCAGGGUGCCACUGGAGAAAAUGGAGAAGCUCCCAGAGCUGCGGGAGAAUCCAUUCAGGCAGAGGAUUUGUCAGGUCUUCUCACGAGAUGGAAAAGGCAACCUUACAUUCGAGGACUUCUUGGACUUGUUGUCAGUGUUCAGUGAGCAAGCCCCAAGGGACAUCAAAGUCUUCUAUGCCUUUAAGAUAUAUGACUUUGAUGGGGAUCAUCACAUUGGAGCACAGGACCUGGAGCAGAGCGUACGUCUACUCACCCGUAAUGAGCUGACUCCUGAGGAGGUGGCUCAGGUCUGCGAGAAAGUCAUAGAGGAAUCGGAUGUGGACGGAGAUGGCAAGCUGUCCUUCAUGGAGUUUGAACAUGUCAUCACACGAGCACCAGACUUCCUGUCAACCUUCCACAUUCGCAUCUAAGCUGAAAUGCAACGCAGAAAUCACAGAGUUACUCAUUACAGGCUGUCUUGCCAGAUGUUUGAUCAUGUACACCACUAAAAUUAAAUCGUUCUGUAAAACUCAUAUGGUGUUGUUAAUCUCAAAAAAUAUGUCUGUUCAUUAAAUCACUUUUGAAAAAAA